AUGCCUGCACCACUGGGUCUGGAGGGCAGAGAUACUUACUAUCCUCUUAUUUCUGACAGAGGCGGCCUUAGCAACAUGCUGUUCCAGUGCUCCCUACCUGAUACCACAGCCACCCUUGGCGAUGAGCCUCGGAAAGUGCUCCUGCGACUUUAUGGAGCGAUUUUGCAGAUGAGAUCCUGUAAUAAAGAGGGAUCCGAACAAGCUCAGAAAGAAAAUGAAUUUCAAGGGGCCGAGGCCAUGGUUCUGGAGAGCGUUAUGUUUGCCAUUCUCGCAGAGAGGUCACUUGGGCCAAAACUCUAUGGCAUCUUUCCCCAAGGCCGACUGGAACAGUUCAUCCCGAGCCGGCGGUUAGAUACUGAAGAAUUAAGUUUGCCAGAUAUUUCUGCAGAAAUCGCUGAGAAAAUGGCUACGUUUCAUGGUAUGAAAAUGCCAUUCAAUAAGGAACCAAAAUGGCUUUUUGGCACAAUGGAAAAAUAUCUAAAUGAAGUUCUGAGAAUUAAAUUUACUGAGGAAUCCAGAAUUAAAAAGCUCCACAAAUUGCUCAGUUACAAUCUGCCAUUGGAACUGGAAAACCUGAGAUCAUUGCUUGAAUCUACUCCAUCUCCAGUUGUAUUUUGUCAUAAUGACUGUCAAGAAGGUAAUAUCUUGUUGCUGGAAGGCCAAGAGAAUUCUGAAAAACAGAAACUGAUGCUCAUUGACUUCGAAUACAGCAGUUACAAUUACAGGGGAUUCGACAUUGGAAAUCACUUCUGUGAGUGGAUGUAUGAUUAUAGCUAUGAAAAGUACCCUUUUUUCAGAGCAAACAUCCGGAAGUAUCCCACCAAGAAACAACAGCUCCAUUUUAUUUCCAGUUACUUGCCUGCAUUCCAAAAUGACUUUGAAAACCUCAGUACUGAAGAAAAAUCCAUUAUAGAAGAAGAAAUGUUGCUUGAAGUCAAUAGGUUUGCCCUUGCAUCUCAUUUCCUCUGGGGACUUUGGUCCAUUGUACAGGCCAAGAUUUCAUCUAUUGAAUUUGGGUACAUGGACUACGCCCAAGCAAGGUUUGAUGCCUAUUUCCACCAGAAGAGGAAGCUUGGGGUGUGACUGUGGGGAGGACUCCAUCCACCUCAUCACUGGACUGCAUGGGGAGGCGGCGGAGCGGGGUCCCCUCUGUGCUUCGACUACUGCUCCUGUGGCAGGAGGCUUUGGGUGGCUCACUACUGAACACAGAUGUUUAUGAUACUAAAGACUGUAUUAAAAUGGAGCGACAUUUAUUUCACCUCUCGUUUACAAUUUCACUAGGACUCAGAAAUGAGAUUGGGAAGCAGAAAUAUAGUGCAAUAGUGCAACAUCUCUGAAUCCUUUUAAUCUAGAGAAGGCGUUUCAUAUUUGGGGGCUAAGGUUUCCAGUCAGAAAGGGCAAACAGCAAGAGUAAGCAGUGUUACUUGCAGGUACUUUGGUUAAUGUUGAUUUAAAUUUUUUUUUUCAUGAAUGUGCUGGUGAACACUGUGAGCAGGCUUUUGUAGAUGGCGAUGUGUUAUAGACGCUGCUCAUUCCCAAGGGACGGCAAGUGAGCAGAGAUGUACUGUGAAGUCGCCAGUCACUACUGCAAGGUAGCUUCUGCCUGGGGCCCCCAGAAGCUGCUCCUGUAUCCUCUUGGUCCCAUGGCUGAAGCUGGAGCAGUGGAUUGCUGCCGCCUGCGUGUGGAGCACAGCUCUCCCCUCCUGCUGGGCGUGUGUGACAUUGAUGAAUUUCACUGUACUGCGUGUGACUUCUCCCUGCCCUUCCUCCUGAUGGAGUGUGCAGACAGCCGUGCAUGGCCAUGGGGCAGUGUGAGGACCUCCCUGUCUCCCAGCUCCCCUCCCAGGGGAGCCAACUGAUAGACCCAGCUCUUUGGGCCUCUCCUGCCCUCUGCUCUGCCUGAAGUGUGGGAUCCUGUUGAGUGGGCUGGGCCGCCCCCAGGCAGGGUGAGGGAAACCCUGGCCUGGGUUCUCUGAAGGCUCAGUUUCCCGGCCCUUAACUUUCCCGAUGUCCCUGACGUCGUCAUUCUUGUGGGAGACAGCAGCCUCUAUGUGGUGAACGGCGUGGAUUGAGUGUAGCUGUGAAAUCCAUAUAUAUGAAAUGUCCCGCGGGAUACAGUCUUAGCUGACUUUUUUUACUCUGAACUCUUAUUUGAAUUGUUUUUUGUGCAUAUAUUUCUGCUACCACAGAGAUUGUACUAUACAAAUAAAAUAAUAAAAACCCAACCUCAAGCUGUC